AGGUCCGUCGAGAAGUCGGACAAAAGAAUUAAUAAGGGUGCAUAAAUAAAGCAGAAGAGUAGUCAAAACACCAGACAUGAAAAAGUAGCAUGCACCAGGGCAAUUAUUACUCAACCCCCUCCGGUUUUUGGCAAUUCACACACAUUCGUCUCUAUCGCCACGUGAACGGCCCAUAUUCUUCAUCACCCCAAAUCACAAGGACGAAAGAUCAGGGAAAAACUCAGAAAAGGGUCUACACUGUAAGUACAUCUUUUCCUUGAGACAUUUUUGGCAACCUUUGUACUGGAAAGGAAGUAUAGCGAAAAGGGCAGGAAAGGAAAGGAAAGGAAAAACCAUAACCUUCCCAUUCUCUCCUUUUAGUUUUACACAGCCACUUUGAACUUUGAAGACUGGAGACUUCGGAGAUGGAAAACAGCAAAAGAAUAAAAACAAAGAAAAUGUUUUCUCGGGUUUUUAACUUCCCAAACUGAACUCAGAAAACAGCUAUAGACAAAUUCUCAGGUAUUUUUAUUAUCAAAGCCGAAGAAAAGAUUUUUUUUUUUUUUUGAGUUUUGAGUACUGGUUUUCAGCCCUGAAACAGCCAUGGGGGAAUCCUGUCCGGUCCAGUUCCCUGGAAAUCUAGACCCAUCAGCACAAGAAUUUUGGCCGGCCAAAAACACCGUUUGCCAACCGCAAAUUCCUCUCUUCGGACCACUUCAAUUUUACUACCCCUAUGCUGCACCGCCAACGGUUCCGUUUUUCGAUGGCGGCGUAUCAGAGUUCCAUACUGCCGUAGCUGUACCUGCUUCGGCACCAACGGCGUACGUUACAACUUCCAUGUUGGUUGUACCGCAGCCGCCACUGACGCUUUCGACGACGGCGGCGACGAGGGCUUUAGUGUUGACGUUUGUUCCAUGCGAUGUGAGCGAGUCUAAGGUGAGGAAAGAACUAGAAGUGUUUGGGGAAGUACGUGGGGUCCAGAUGGAAAGGAUCCGAGAAGGAAUCGUGACCGUUCAUUUCUACGAUCUGAGACAUGCGGAGAGAGCGUUGAAGGAAAUACGAGAGCAACACAUGCAACAAACCAGGGUUCGCAACCAGUAUGUUGCAGCUGCUACCGGGUGUGAACCAGGACAGCUCAACGCGUGUUCUCGGCUGCCGACUCCUGCGCGUGGACUCAUAGCGGGGAGAGCUGUUUGGGCCCACUUUAUUAUUCCGGCAAGUAAUGCUCUUCCUGACGGGAAUAAUCAAGGAACUGUUGUGGUUUUCAAUUUGGACACCGGCGUUUCGCCUUCUAAACUUAAAGACAUUUUCCAAGUUUAUGGCCCCGUGAAAGAACUGAGAGAAACACCAUUGAAGAAACACCAGAAGUUUGUGGAGUUUUAUGAUGUAAGAGAUGCGGCUAAGGCUUUAAGAGAAAUGAAUGGAAAAGAAAUUAAUGGGAAGCAAGUUGUAAUUGAAUUUAGUCGACCUGGAGGAUAUAGCAAGAGGUUCUUCAAUGCUAACAAUGUUAACGCAUUCACAGCUUGCACUGAUAAUAUUUCAUUGACCAAUAAAUAUAAUCUCCAAACAAGAAGUGCGGAGGUCCCAUCUUCUCCUCCCCUGCCGCUGCCUCCACCACAGUCUUUGGCUUGCAAAUUCUCUGGUAGAUGUUCUCCGAACAUCCUUCCUUGUUCUUUUCUUGCUCGAAGCCAAUCACCGACGAAGAAAGUGUGUAGUUCUAGUAAGGGAAACCCUAAUGGGAAUAGCAAUAGCAAGAGUUCGGUCGCUGAAACAUCAGUGGUUGGAGAGAAGGUUGGUGGUGGAGGUCCAAAGAAGACUGCGAAGAAGAACGAAAACAACCAAUCGACGGUGAAUAGUAGCAAUGGGAGUAAGCAGCAGCUGUGUAAGGGUAGGCCAUGGAAAGUUAGACAAGCAAAGAAGUUUGAUACUCGAUUCCUGAUAAGUGAAGAUGCCAUGGAUGAAUCUAAUUGUAAAGAUUCUAGGACCACUGUCAUGAUCAAGAACAUACCCAACAAGUAUAGUCAGAAAUUGUUGUUGAACAUGCUGGAUGAUCACUGUAUUCACUGCAACGAGCAAAUUGCUGCUGGGGAUGAUCAGCUUUUAUCUUCUUAUGAUUUUGUCUACCUUCCCAUUGAUUUUAACAACAAGUGUAAUGUUGGAUAUGGAUUUGUGAACAUGACAUCUCCACAGGCAACAUGGAGACUUUACAAGGCCUUUCAUCAUCAACAUUGGGAAGUUUUCAACUCCAGGAAAAUCUGUGAAGUCACUUAUGCCAGAGUUCAGGGGUUGGAAGCGUUGAAAGAGCAUUUUAGAAACUCGAAAUUCCCAUGCGAAAUGGAUCAUUAUCUUCCUGUAGUGUUUUCGCCGCCUCGAGACGGGCAACAACUGACUGAGCCACUUGCUGUAGUUGGUCAAAAGCAGCAGUUCAUCAUAAGUGGUCCCUCAGCCAAAGCCACUGAAGAAGAAGAUGAUGAUCAUAGUGUUUAUGAUGGUUGCAAUGCAAAUCUGUUUGACGAUGGUGGUGUUGCAAAUUCGGCUCAAGAAAAUAAUGCCAACGAUACCAAUCAUUUAAACUACUGUGAUUCUGAUGGUACCGUUGACCACCAAGAAGAAGCCCUCAGAAAAGGCAGCUGUCAAAGGCCAAACGGUGGCAGUGUUGGCCAUGAUUAAAUAAAGGGCGGAAAGAAUAGUUGCUGAUGUGGCCUGAACAAUAUUUUAACCCCAACGCUGAAGCAAUAUCUCUUUCUGAUUUUUACUGCCACUAGUCUACUACUGCUUCUACAUGUACACUGUGAUGAAGUGAUGAAGUGAUGAAGUGAUGAAGUGAUGAAGUGCUGAAUGAAUACAUUAUAAUCUUUGUUUACUGCAACCUAAGUCAGUGUCCAUUAACGGCUGUUUUUGUUCUUAGAAGUGUCUGCACCAUC